CUUAUUUCCGGUGCAAUGGCGGCUCCUCUUGUCGUCACUUCCUGAAGCCCCUGCCUCAGAGCCCUUUAGUCCCUCGUGUGGCCCCGUAGCGCCGGCGGGGCGGGGCCAGGCCGCCUGCGCCGUCGCUUAUGGCAACAGAGGGACGCGCGCGAGCUGGGCGGGGUAUCGCGGGAUGUCGGGGCAGCGGCGACGAGCGGGUGAGCGGCGUGUUCGGGGGACUCAUAAAUAUUCAUGAACUGGGAUGUGGGAUCUGGCAUCCAUGUGGCACCCUAGGAGCGAGCAGAGACCCCAGCCCCUCUGAUGGUUCCCCUAAUCCAGGAAUGGCUACCCCCACGCCGAGCCCCUCCAGCUUCCUCCUUCUGCCUCUCCCAGCCAUUGUCUUCAUCACUGUGGCCGCCUACCUGCUCCUCCUCCUCCUCAUCCUUGCGCUGCGCCACUGCCUCCUGGCCCGUGGACUCUGCGCUGACUGUUGCUGGUGUGAGAAGGGGAUGCUGGGGGGGCCCUGCCACUGCUGCCUGGCCUGUGCCGAGGCAUGCGACUGUGCCCCUCCCUCCCUCACCCGCUGCCUGGACACCUGCUGUCCCCGCCGCCAGGGCUGGGAGCUCAGCACCUGCCCCCCUUUCCCUCGCUGCUGCCCCCUCUGCGACUGUGCCUGUGCCUACCAGCCCCCCGACUGUCAGAGCAUCAAUUGCAUCUGCUUUGAGGUCAAACUGCUCUGAGGGGAGCCCCGCCAGGAAAAUCAGGGGACUUCCCCAUUAGAGACUCCGACUGGCAUGUAUUCACUACUGCUGGAUUGUGGGGAUCCCCUGCUCCCCAAGUGGGGUGAUCCCUUCCUGAUUUUGUUACACAACCCCCACUAUUUGUAACUUCCACUUUUAUAAUAAAGCAGCUUUGAGAUA